UGGCUUUGUAAGGCCGUUUUGAGGCGGUGGUGACAUUUUGUUCAGCUGCUUAACAAAUAUUUACUAGUUGUAACAUAAAUUUUAAUAAUAAAGUGUUAUACACUGUAGUUAAUUUGUAUCUUUAAUCUUUGAGAUAUAAACUCAAGUCUGAAGGCCUAUGCUUUUCUGUACUACAAAAUUUAUUAAAAUUGAGCUCGAAAACGUCACGGCCAGCUUGUUUUAAAAAAUCUGGUUUAUUAUCAGAUUUCUCGGGCAACGCGAUCGUCGUUGACAUCACCCUCUUUCCCGCAGAAACAUGGCGACAAGGUCGGAGGACGUUCUCGGUGAAAAGUGGGAUAAGUGUGUCGCCGACACGCUAAUUAAAGUUGGUACCGGCUUCGGUGUUGGAGCUCUAUUUUCCCUGCUGCUUUUCAAAAGGCGUGCCUGGCCUGUCAUAUUCGGCAUCGGUAGCGGAUUCGGGAUGGGCUACAACAACUGCGAACACACGUUGAACGAGCCUACAUUGCUGCGCGCCUACACACUAAAGGCAAAACAAAAAGAUGCAACACCAGCAGCCACCGCGCCCAAGUGAUCCUCUCCUGCACGCUGUACUUAUGUGUUUACACGGGCUACAAGAUUCUAGUUUUAUGUUUCUUUAUUAAACACUCUUCUGGCUAGUUAA